GCUGGCAUGGACUGAGCCUCAAAUACGAGAAAAUACCAGACGCGUGGCAGCCUUCCGCAUCGUCGCUUCAUACAAUUUUGUUUUGUUAUUCACUCUAGCCAACUUGGAAGGCUUUGUCAAUAUGAUUUCCUACCUUGCAGUUGUAGCGAUUCUGCUGGUCAGCUAUUAUGUCGCCAAAGCUAUAUGUUCUUCUGUCGUAGCGUAUCGCUUUAAACGGGCGCACGGCUGCCAACCCGAACACAAGCUCCCUCAAUCAGAGCGCAUCCUGGGCCUUGGUUUCUACUUCACUUUCCAUAAAACAGUACGCGAGAAGACUCGCAUUGCGGCGGGAAGAAAACGGUUUGCCGACAAUGGUCCAACAUUCUCCACCGUGAUGAUGGGAGUCAAAGUGCACAGCACCAUGGACCCUGAAAAUAUCAAGGCGGUUCUUGCGACAAACUUUAGCGAUUUUGGUAUCGGCCAGAGACUGCGCACGUUCGGCCCUCUGCUUGGAAAGGGCAUUUUCUCUACAGACGGCGCCGAGUGGAAACAUUCACGGGCGCUUAUCCGACCAAGCUUCACUCGCAGCCAAGUAGCAGAUCUCGAAAUCUUUGAGACCCAUGUGAAGCAUCUCAUCUCCAAAAUCCCGCGCGAUGGCUCCACCAUUGAUCUUCAGCCACUCUUCUUUCAGUUCACGCUCGACGCGGCCACCGAGUUUUUAUUUGGCGAGUCUGUCAACUCUCUUGGGAGCACAGAAGGGUCUCCUCAGCAUCGGUUUGGAGCCGCGUUUGACUAUGCCCAGGCAAAUUUGGGCCGCCAAGGUUGGAUUGACAAACUCACGUCCUUGUUUGUUGACUCGGAGUUUACCAAAGCUUGUAAAUUUGUCCAUGAAUUUGUCGAUCGCAUCAUUGACAACGAGCUGGCCAAGAAGACACCGGCAGAUCUGGAAAAGACGGCGACAUUUGACACACAAGAGAGGUAUAUCUUUCUUGAGGAGCUGAUCAGGCUCACACAGGACAAAAAGCAGCUUAGAGAUGAACUACUCAAUAUCCUUGUGGCCGGGAGAGACACGACCGCCAGUCUUCUAAGUCAUACAUUUCAUGUCUUGUCUCGUCGGCCGGACUUGUACAAGAAACUUGUCACAGAGGUGAGCGACUUGGAUGGGAAGAUUCCUACCUACGAAGAUAUCAAAUCCAUGGGAUAUUUGAAGAACCUUCUGCGAGAGUCUCUCCGCCUUUAUCCCGUCGUUCCUGGUAAUGCCCGGUUCGCCAACAAGGACACUACUCUGCCUCAUGGCGGCGGACCCGAUGGGCUCUCACCUAUAUAUAUCCCCAAAGGUGGAAUUGUCAACUAUAGUGUAUCUGCGAUGCAUAUUCGCCCGGAUAUUUACGGUCCUGACGCAACUGAGUUCCGACCAGAGCGGUGGAAUGCUGAGGAAGGACUGAAACCUGGUUGGGCAUAUCUUCCAUUCAACGGGGGACCUCGUAUUUGCGUAGGGCAGCAGUUUGCCCUCGUUGAAGCUAGUUACACUAUUGUGAGAAUGGUCCAGGAGUUUGGCAAAGUUGAAAAUCGAGAUGAGUUACCCUGGACGGAGAAGAUUGGACUCACGCUGUCCAUCGACACUGGAGUCAAGGUAGCCAUGAUUCCAGUGUAGCGCGCAACGUAAAUUGGCAACAUGUCGAGAGGAUGGGGACGGAGGUUUACAUUAGAGAAGAAUUGGUUGUGCUACCGACAUGUUUAUUUGAGAAAUUGAAUAUAUAAAGCCAACUAUGUACAAGUCUGUUCACAUUUGAUAAAACUGCAGCCAAAGGCUGUGUAUUUACUGGGCCGCAUGGGGGUGCUCCUUGUAAAACUCGGCCACCCACUUGCGGAAGUAUCCCAAGGUGCCAUCAAAAGCGGCCUUGCCUUCCGGAGUAGCACCAUUGGCCGAAAAGUAGUCGUUGCAAUGUCCGGCAUUCUUGAUGACGUAGACAGGAACCUCAUCUGUGCUUUGCAGAGCGCCUCCGGGGCGGCCUUCCCAAGACACAGUAGCGCCUCUCCAAGGGUCAAACUCACCAUUGAUCCAGACCAGACGAGUCGUGUUGACGUGGCGCCAGCCGCCGGUGUGCUUGUUUACGGUAUGGUAAGUACGUCCAGCCUUGAGACCAUACUGGUGUCCGUUCUUGUCGGGGAAGCUGUUGACGCAAAUCUCUUGGAUAUCGUCCUUCCAGGACCAAAGGCUAGACAGGAAGCCGGUAGUAUCGAAUCGACUCCAAGCUUGCCACCACUCAAAA